GCGCAUGUGCCGUGGCCGUACGGGAGCUCGCGCGGGACCCGUUUAACGGCGCUGAGGCAGCUCCGGCCUAAAGCGGGGGGCGGGAGGGGGAACCCGGCAGCCCCGGGAGAGGGAAGGGGAGGAAAGAGGGAAGGGAAGGAGGGAUGGCGGCGUCCUGAGGGAGUCUCGGGCCGCAGGAGGCCGGAUGCCCGCGGGCUGCAGGGCACUGUCAGAGGCUGCCCGGGCGCUCGGCAGCGCCUCAGGAAUUCUCCCCUCCCGUGCACAGCUCUCCUUACCGAGGAUCUUCCACGGCGGCGUUGGCUUCCCCGGGGUCAGCCCCUGUCACCGGUACCAGCGGGUGUCGGGCCGUGUGUCUCUGGGGUCUGAAGGCAGGAACCAGGGUGGUGGUGCCGGUGCCGGGGGUCUCCGUUUCUCCCUGCUUGUGAACACUUGGCUUUGCAGAGCUGCAGAGGAGAUGGCAGAGCAGAGGUACUGUGUGGAUUAUGCCAAGCGUGGCACAGCUGGGUGCAAGAAAUGCAAGGAGAAGAUUGUGAAAGGGAUGGUGAGGAUUGGAAAGAUCGUCCCGAACCCUUUCACGGAGUCUGGGGGGGACAUGAAGGAGUGGUACCAUGUGAGGUGCAUGUUUGAGAAGCUAGAGAAAGCACGGGCCACCACCAAAAAAAUCGAAGACAUCACAGAGUUGGAAGGAUGGGAAGAGCUGCAAGAUGAGGAGAAAGAACUAAUCAACAAACAUAUCUCAGAAGCUAAUUCCAAGUCUGGAAGCACACCCAAGAAAAAAGUGAUAGUCCAAGCUAAGCUCACAGCUACAGGACAAUUAACUACAAAAGAUCCCUUGGCUCUCAUCACUCCAUCACCAAAGAAGUUCUCUGGCUUCACAGCCAAGCCCAAGAAUUCCGAAGGUGUCUCUGCAAACUCUUCCCACAAAUCCAGCCUGUCUGCCAAGCAGUGUGACCCCAAGCACAAGGACUGUUUGCUGCGGGAGUUCAGGAAGCUCUGUGCCAUGGUGGCAGAGAAGCCAAGCUACAACGUGAAGACACAAAUCAUCCAGGAUUUCCUGAGGAAAGGGUCUGGAGGAGAUGGUUUUCAUGGUGACGUAUACCUCACCAUUAAGCUGCUGUUGCCAGGUGUCAUUAAAAUUGUUUACAACUUGAAUGAUAAGCAGAUUGUAAAGCUGUUUAGUAGGAUUUUUAACUGCAGCCAAGAUGAAAUGAUCCGGGAUCUGGAACAGGGAGAUGUUUCUGAGACCAUACGCCUCUUCUUUGAACAGAGCAGAACUUGUCCUCCAGCAGCCAAAAGUCUCCUGACCAUCCAAGAGGUGGAUGAAUUCCUAAUCCAACUCUCAAAGCUCACUAAGGAAGAUGACCAGCAAAGUCUGCUGCAACAAAUCACUCGCAAAUGUACAGGCAACGACUUGAAAUGCAUCAUCAGGCUAAUUAAACAUGACCUGAAAAUGAAUGCUGGAGCAAAGCACGUGUUGGAUGCUUUGGAUCCCAACGCUUACGAAGCGUUCAAGGCAUCCCGCAACCUGCAGGACGUGGUGGAGAGGGUGCUGAAGAACCGUCAGGAGGCUGAGAAGGAGCCAGGUCUGAAGAGAACCCUGAGUGUGCAGGCAUCACUGAUGACCCCAGUUCAGCCCAUGCUGGCUGAAGCCUGCAAGUCAAUUGAGUAUGCCAUGAAGAAGUGCCCCAAUGGCAUGUAUGCAGAGAUCAAGUAUGAUGGUGAGCGGGUGCAGGUCCAUAAAAGUGGAGAUCACUUCAACUACUUCAGCAGAAGCCUCAAACCUGUCCUCCCACAUAAAGUAGCCCAUUUUAAGGACUUCAUCCCUCAGGCUUUCCCUGGUGGGCAAAGUAUGAUCCUGGAUUCAGAAGUUCUUCUAAUUGACAACAAAACUGGCAAGCCACUUCCUUUUGGGACUCUGGGUGUACACAAGAAAGCUGCUUUCCAAGAUGCCAAUGUUUGCUUGUUUGUGUUUGACUGCAUCUACUUCAAUGACAUCAGCUUGAUGGACAGGCCUCUCUGUGAACGUCGGAAGUUUCUCCAUGAUAACAUGGUUGAAAUUCCCAACCGGAUCCUCUUCUCGGAGAUGAAGCACGUCACGAAAGCUUCCGAUCUGGCAGAUAUGAUCACCCGAGUCAUCCGUGAGGGGCUGGAGGGACUGGUGUUGAAAGAUAUAAAGGGGAAUUAUGAACCAGGCAAAAGACACUGGCUGAAGGUGAAGAAGGACUACCUGAAUGAGGGUGCAAUGGCUGACACAGCAGACCUGGUGGUGCUGGGAGCUUUCUAUGGACAUGGUGCUAAAGGUGGGAUGAUGUCCAUCUUCCUCAUGGGCUGCUAUGAUCCCAAGAGUGAGAAGUGGUGCACUGUAACCAAGUGUUCUGGUGGCCAUGAUGAUGCCACCUUGGCACGUCUGCAGAAUGAGCUGGAUAUGGUGAAGAUCAGCAAGGAUCCUAGUAAAAUUCCAAAGUGGCUAAAAAUCAACAAAAUCUACUACCCAGACUUCAUUGUCCCAGAUCCAAAGAAAGCCCCAGUGUGGGAGAUCACAGGGGCUGAGUUCUCCAAAGCUGAAGCUCACACUGCAGAUGGGAUCUCCAUCCGCUUCCCCCGCUGCACCCGCAUUCGGGAUGACAAGGACUGGAAAACAGCCACCAACCUCCAGCAGCUUAAGGAAUUGUACCAACUCUCCAAAGAGAAGGCUGAUUUCAGUGUUGUUGCUGGGGAGGAAGAUGAGUCCACAGCUGGCAGCAGUGGAGAGACUGAGGGAAAUUCCAGGUCUUCUACACCACACAGCAUUAUAAAAUCUCCCCCAAACAAGUCCCCUGCAAAAAACAAAUCACCAGCAAAAAACAAGUCACCUGCAAAAACCAAGUCACCUGCAAAAUCCCAGAAGCCAGAUGAAGAGAGCAAACCAGUCAUGGCAUCCCCUCAAAAAGCACAGGAGAAACGAGGGGAGAAGAGAAAAGCAUCUGAGAUGGAAGACAAUGGAAAAAAGGUGCUGCAGGACAUCUUCACAGGUGUGAGGCUGUACCUCCCACCCUCCACCAAGGACUUUGAGAAAAUCCGUCGGUACUUUAUAGCGUUUGAUGGGGAUCUAGUGGCAGAGUUUGACACAGCCUCAGCAACACACGUGAUAGGGGACAUUGAUGACAAUCCUGGUGCUAAACGUGUGUCUCCCAAAUGGAUCUGGGAAUGCAUCCGGAAAAGAAGACUGGUAGCCCCCUGCUAGCAGUGUGGGGCAGCUGACCAGGCUUGACACAGGAAUUCCCUGAAGGCUGAGAACUAGGUAGGUAGAAGAAAUGGGGAGAUUGUUCUGUGGAGAUGUGGAGAGAAAUCAAAUGGCCCAGGUCCAGCAGAGGUAGUUAUAAAGAUCCAUAGCAACCAUAUGGAAUUAAUUAAAAGAACUCUCUGAAGAAA